AUGCCAGCUCCUCUAAGCACUCUCAACACGACGAUUAUGAUAGCGAAGAUGGCUCUUCUUCUCGCAAAGAUAAAUCUCGUGCCGGUCGUCGUCGUCACCGUCGCUCGUCUAGCGAUGAUCCGUCCAGAUCUUCUUCUCCAGCUGAGUCGGACUCAACAGUCGAAUUACCGGAGCGAUUUGACGAGCGUGGUCGGCCUUUACCUCAGCAAGACGAUGAUCCAGUGGCUCAUAUCGAGGAACUAUUUGGCGGCAGGGGCUCCGUUGGCAGGUUAUUACAGAAUUUUGGAUUAG